CGCGGCACUCGUGUGUUAGGUGUGCGUACUUAUUUUACGAUACUCGACACGGAAAGCGCUCUUAGUUUUCUACCCCCCGGUCAGCCCUUCUAGCCGGGUUUCCGCACAACCGAACAGUGCCAAUCAAUAGAGUCCGCGUACGUCGAGACGCGCACCGUCUGGCUUGGACGAAUGCAUAACCGCUUGCACCUCAGCCGCUGUCUGCCUCUGUGUCUUUACCGUUUCACCCUGUGCGUGCGUGUGUGCGUGUCGUGUCCUGCUCCUUUCCCAAUAUAACAUCCCGACUGCCGCGUGAGUGGAUUGCUAAAUGCGCUCGAAUCAGACAGCACGGUUGCCGCACGCUACCUCCAGGGCCUUACAAAUACUCCGAUAGGUCGUGCCUAACAAAUUUGCAGUAAAGCUCCAGCAAGCGAUCUGUCCGAAGCCGCCGAACGCACGACACAAGGCAGAUUGUUGCGGGUCUUUUGUUUUAUCGAGCCAGUGGCAACAAGCGGGAAAGCGAAGAAAAAGAGGAAGAAGUAAGAAGCAUUACACGGCGUUCAUCUGUCAUUCCUCUUUGCCCGAUCUCACCAAUACAAACCACGCACACAGCCUCACAGACCGUGACACAUCGAGCGCGCGCUUACACAUCGGACCUGUUGGGUCGGGAAGAAGAAAGGUAGAAGAAAGCAGCGGAAGCAACAGAAACGCGGCAUCCUCUCUCGCUUGUUAUUGUUGCUGCCUGACGGACCCCGUUCAGCUAUUCGGUGUGUCCCGCCUUUCGCCUCCACAUUCAUCUACACUCCCCCACCCUCCCUUCCCCGUUGUACGAUGCCAGACUACAGUGACCUGGACCGACAGAUCGAGCAGCUGAAGCGAUGCGAAAUCAUCAAGGAGCACGAGGUGAAGGCCCUGUGCGCGAAGGCGCGCGAAAUUCUGGUCGAGGAGGGCAACGUGCAGCGGGUCGACUCGCCGGUAACGGUGUGCGGUGACAUUCACGGCCAGUUCUAUGACCUUAAGGAGCUGUUCAAGGUCGGGGGCGACGUGCCGGAGACGAACUACCUCUUCAUGGGCGACUUUGUCGACCGGGGAUACUACAGUGUGGAAACAUUCCUGCUACUGCUCGCGCUGAAGGUACGCUACCCGGACCGAAUCACGCUGAUCCGCGGCAACCACGAAUCGCGCCAGAUCACACAGGUGUACGGGUUCUACGACGAGUGCAUACGCAAGUACGGCUCGGUCACGGUGUGGCGCUACUGCACCGAAAUCUUCGACUACCUUUCCCUGUCCGCCAUCAUCGAUGGGAAAAUUUUCUGCGUCCACGGCGGGCUGUCCCCCUCGAUACAGUAUUUGGAUCAGAUCCGCUCGAUCGACCGCAAGCAGGAGGUGCCCCACGACGGUCCGAUGUGCGAUCUGCUGUGGAGCGACCCGGAAGACACACACGGCUGGGGCGUAUCGCCCCGGGGGGCCGGCUAUCUGUUCGGCUCCGACGUCGUGUCACAGUUUAAUGCCGCCAACGAUAUCGACAUGAUAUGCCGGGCGCAUCAGCUCGUGAUGGAGGGUUACAAGUGGCACUUUAACGAAACCGUACUCACCGUCUGGUCGGCACCCAACUAUUGCUAUCGGUGUGGUAAUGUGGCCGCAAUAUUAGAACUGAACGAAAACCUUCAGCGCGACUUUACCAUCUUCGAAGCAGCACCACAGGAAAGCCGCGGAAUACCGUCGAAAAAACCUCAGGCAGACUACUUCCUUUAAGUUAUCUUUCAUUGUGGUGUCCCUACUCCUUUCCCUUCCUUCCUUCCUUUUUUUUAUUGUACACCCUUCCAUAUGUGUGCGAGUAUGUGUCCCCGUUCGAUCGGUCACAUUAUCUGUAAAGGCGCUGCUGAAGUGAUCGAUAGCGACGAGAAGAAAAUGUUCGCCAUUAGUUUAAUACAUUGUAACCUUGACACAUUAAAACACAACCCUUUUGGAUGAUUUCAUCCGUUAUUUUACGCGACCACUUUUGACCUCGGACCAGCCCCUGUGUCCCGUCACGGGUGCUUGAUGUUCUUCGCUCUAUCCUGCCGCCUUUCGCAUCCAAUGUGUACACAAGACACAACAAGUUCUACGUACCUAAUUUUUGUACUUCUUAUGUUUGAAGGUGGUGUGAAGUAUUUUCACAGUUUCUCUCCCAGGAAAGCAAUAGAGUUUUGAGUUUUGUCCCAACACAAUGAUGACGACGAUCACGACGAUGAGUGAAUGGCAGAAGUGUUGCGGUGUGCGAGAAGAAAGUAAUGCCCGCAUUUGUAAACAGUAAAAAUAAAACAUUAAAAGUAUGACAAGACGAA